AUGAAUUACACUCCAAUUAACCGAGCACAAGAUCAGUCUCCUUCACCUUUUCCUGCUCCCCCCUUUCACAAUUCAAGUACAUUAUACAUUAAUCAACAGAGACCUGUUUUACAUUUACCUCGGCCUAGAUUUAAUGUAACAGUCAAUGGUCGUCUUCAUUCUCAUCAUCAACAGCAAAAUACAAACAGAACACAUGAUUUUUCUCGUAUUACUAUUCGAACACCGAAUAUACGUCCACCUCGUACUCGAAUACCAUCAUUUAACACUCUUAUGCCAAUAGCACAUGCGUCUGAAAAUGCUUCGUCGGCUAUGAAUGAUGUACAUAGAAAGCUAGCUGCACUUACAUCACGUUUAGAAAAAGAACUCGAAACAGAAGCUACUGUUGGUGAAUAUUAUGGUCAAUGUACUAAAUGUGGCGAAUCUGUGACUGGUUCAUCUGAGGGUUGUCAAGCUAUGGGAGAAUUGUAUCAUAAUGAUUGUUUUAAAUGUGCCGUAUGCUCUCGAACAUUACGUGGAAAAGCAUUCUAUCUUAUACAUGAUCAAGUAUAUUGCGAAGAAGAUUAUUUGUUUACUGGCUUUCAACAAACAGCAGAAAAAUGCUGUAUGUGUGAUCAUCUUAUCAUGGACAAGAUGCUACAGGCACUUGGUAACGCUUAUCAUCCGGGAUGUUUUCGUUGUUCAAUAUGUAAUGAAUGUCUGGACGGUCUUCCAUUUACUGUUGACAAGGAACGACGUUUAUUUUGUUUAUAUGAUUAUCAUAAUACAUAUGCUCCUCGAUGUGCUAAAUGUGCUUACCCAAUUUGCCCAGAAGAAAAUUCGGAUGAAACAACUCGGGUGAUUGCGAUGAAUCUAAAUUUUCAUGUUGAAUGUUAUCGAUGUGAAGACUGUCAAUGUAAAUUAAGUGAUGAACAAACAAUAGCUGCCUUGGGUGGUUGCUGUCCACUAGCGGAUGGUACAUUGUUAUGUUAUCGAUGUCAUAUACUUCGUGAUGACAAUGAUAACUGA